AAACCGCUCAACGCUUCAGUCGAGUUUGAAACUUACACUCAAGCGGAGUUGUAAAUAGUUGUUCGAGUUGUUGGCUCGUACUCAAACUGUAGAAAAAUGUAAAAAGUCGACUAAAAACAUAUAUCUAUAUAUAUACAUAUAAAUAUUUGUUUGCCUGCAGAAAUUCUUUUAAAUUUUUAAGUUCCAACAAAACGACAAAAAACCAACAAAAAACAACAAAACGACAAAAAACGAAUACGUUGCUAAAUACACAUGCUAAAACAUACACUUGCUAAAAUACACAUAAACCAACCGUAGAAAGCAACGUAGUAAACGAAACGAAAAUAUUGAAAAGUAGGGAAUAGAGAGAGAGAGAGUGGAGAAGAGGAAAAGAGCUAAUUCCUGGUGCGUAUAACUCCAUUAGAGGAACGAUUAGCAUAGUCAAGGACGAGGCAACGAGAAGUGCCAACGAUAAUUCAAUCAAAGACCCAGAAGAAGUUGCUUGAAAAUCAUCCUGCUCCAGUCCUGCGGCCUGGUGCUGCCUCCUGCCUGAAAGCGGACUAAAAACGAACUGGGGAAACUGUGGAAAACUCCAUCGAAACACUCGGAUAAAGUGGAAAACGUGUGCGUGCGCGUGUGAAAAAGUUUUCUCUGGUAUCCUGGUAUCUGGGCAAGAGUGUUUUAAUUCGAACACUUGGCAAGUUUUCCCUCCCUCUCCAACCAUCGUCCGUCCAUUCGGAAAAUGGACCGUCACCGACAUCGCCAUCGCCUCAGCAUGUGGCCCACGUUCGCCGUCUGUUUGCUGCUCUUGCAGGCGACCACAACCACGAUGGCCAUCGAUCUGAGUCGCCUCUACGGCCACAUGGCCAAUCCGGUGCAGAAGCGUAGCGAUCCCUGUCAUCCAUACGAACCAUUCAAGUGCCCCGGCGAUGGUAAUUGCAUUUCCAUUCAAUAUUUAUGCGAUGGUGCACCCGAUUGCUCUGACGGAUACGACGAGGAUAUGCGUCUUUGUACGGCGGCCAAACGACCACCGGUGGAGGAGACGGCAUCCUUCCUUCAGAGCCUGAUUGCAUCGCAUGGACCCAACUAUUUGGAGAAGCUUUUUGGCAGCAAGGCCCGAGAUGCUCUUUCCCCUCUGGGCGGCGUGGACAAGGUGGCCAUCGCUUUGAGUGAAUCGCAAACGAUUGAGGACUUUGGUGCUGCCCUUCGACUAAUGAGAUCCGAUUUGGAACACUUGCGCUCCGUAUUCAUGGCUGUGGAGAACGGGGAUCUGGGUAUGCUGAAAUCGCUGGGCAUCAAGGACUCGGAACUGGGGGAUGUGAAAUUCUUCUUGGAGAAGCUGGUGAAUACCGGCUUCCUUGACUGAGUAGCGCCAGAUCCGGCUUCUGGAUUUUAUUAUGCCCAUGCACAGCCCAUCAGCCCUAAUUUCUAUUCGUAUUUGGGUACGCCCUAUGAUAAUUACAAUUAUUAAAUGCGAAUGCACUCACCAAAACACCCAACAACCACUCACCAAAACACACGUUUCUAUUCAUUCCCAUGCCAUUAGAUAUUUUCUCAAACUCUUUUUAUGCUUUCUGAUUACUCUCUUCUCUCUUAAAUCUCGAUUUUCCUUUCGUUUGCUUUAAUUUGUUUAAUUUUCCUAAACACAUUUUAUAUAAAAAUAACAAAAAAACCAAAAAUCAAGAAAACCAAAAACUAAAAAAAAAUUGCAAAAAAGCCACCAAAAAAAAAAUUAUAAAAAAAGAAAUUUAAAGAUGUUAAAAAUAGAAGAACAAAUUCGGCUGCUUUCUCUUAAAAUUUCAGCGCUUUUUCCUACACUUUCUCCUCAACUUUCUCUCUCUGAAUAUUUGUUGCAAUUUCCAUUGACGAUCUAUACAUUUAUUUUUGAGAAAAUCAGUGCGCAAAUUUCAGUAAAAGAAAAACAAAACAACAAAAAUCCUUCAUGAGAACUAAAUACCAAAAGAGAAUAAAAUAUGGAAGCAGGAUCGUUUGGCAAAAAAAGGAAAAACUUAAAGUAAAAACUAUGAAAAAAAUCUACAAAAAAAAUACAAAGAAAACAAAAAAUACCUUUCUGAAACAUAUAUACUAUAUAUAUAGAAUAUAUUGAUUUUUAUUGAUGUUUAUGUAAUAGUGUUUCAAGGCUUCUUAGAUCCGUAAAGUAAACCGAUGAUCACUUAUGGUAUUCACGAAACUAAAGUCCCUAAAUGAGCAAAAAGGAAACCUCAAUGCAAAAGACCUUCAGUAAAGAACCUUCCACUACAGAAUCUUCUAUGAACUUUUAUUCACUCUUUUUUCCAAAAUCUAUUAAAAAACUAAUAUUAAAACUUGACAAAUUUCUUUAGUUUUUAGCGUUUAAAAAUGUAGAAGAAAAAGCCCUGCAGCUAAUCUACUAACCCCCCCAACAAAAUAGUAUGAGAAAUACGAAUAUAUUACGAUAUCUAGGUAGAUAUAUAUCCCAUAUAGUAUAUCCAAAUGUCGAGCUACUGUGCAAAAAAUAGAGGGGAAAAAGGAAAAACACAUUACGGAAACCGUUUUGAGUUGCAUAAUUCACGAGAUAAAAUAUAUUUAUGUGUGUCUAAAAAAUAUAAUAAACGAAAACUUACGAAUAUAUAUUCCAUAAAAAACUCAAACUUUACUCAAAUUCUUAACAAAUAUAUUUCUUAGAAAAAAAAAACAUUACAGAAAAAACCCCGACAAUUUGUAACCAAAAUGAGAUUCGAACAAUAUUUUGAGAGCCAAUUUCUGUUCAACCAAAAACUGACCCAAAAACAUUUGGAAACUAACUUGAAGAAAAACGUACAGAAAUUGGUUCCCAAAAAAACACACUAACACAAAACACUUUUCUUUCUAGUUCUAAGAAAAAUCUAUUGUUCCUUAAAAUUAUUUCAAAAAUGGAGCACGGAAUUGUUGAAAAGAAAACUAAAACAAAGGAAAACAGAAAAUUUGAGUAAAGUGAGGAUUAGAAAACGAAACCCAACGUUGAAAUGGAAAUGGAAGGAACAUUUUAAUGGAGUUAUAAGUACCUUGAAUUAGCUGAUAGAUCAGAACCACUAAAGUUAUUUAUUCGAGAAAACUUUUUAUCAAAUAUAGUUGUCUAUUAAAUAAUAUUUAUAAAAAAUACUUAAUCAAAUAAAACACUUAAGCAAAUCAAGAGUAACUAUUACCAGAAGAAAGAACCGAUUAAAACUGAUCCAUUGAAAUAUAUAUACAUGAUAUAUAUGGUAUAUACGAGUGUUAAAGGCCCCAUGUAAAUAAAGAGAAGACAAACUACGAAAUUCCAUAAUCGAUGCAAAUGAUUUAAGAAUGGAAAACCGAAGGAAAAGCUGAAGGAAACCGAAGAAAACCACAAGAAAAACCGAAAAAAACCAAAAGUGAUAAUUUUGUGUUUUUUCUUUGGUUUAUUUUCAACUUAAUUGAAACUAAAAAUAAACUAUAAAAAAGCAAAGAUGAAAAUCUACAAAAAAUAAAUGUUUUUUCUUUGUGAAUAUCUUUGAACAAUUUAAAAAAAAUAUAUACAAUACAAAUUGUAAGCCACGGAAAAACUAUAUCGCAAAACAUAUCAGCAGAUCUGAUCAGAUCAAGAAAAUUAUAUGGUAAUACAAAAUAUAUGCAAACAUAUCAAGUAAAAAACACAAACAACAAAAACAUAUCAAAUAUGAGGUGGAAAAAAGAUGAAGAAAAACUUAAAAAUCAAAUAAAAUUAAGCGAAAUACGAAUAUAUUUAUGAGUAAAAAACACACCAACAGAGAUUUCUUAAUCAACAAUUUUGAUUAGAUUAGAUCUAUAAUUUCUAAUGAUUUUUGUAUUAGUUUUUGUUCUUUAUAAAACAUUUGUAACUUGUUUCAGGGUUUUAAACCAAAACUGACCCAUUGAACUCUUAAAAUCCUGAAACAAUUCUACAAAAAUGUAGCAGAAAUAUAGUUUAUAAUACAAAAACACAAAACAUAAAAUGUAACAGCUUUUUUUUAUUUAUAAUUUAAGAUUUCUUUUUACUUUUAAAAUGAUUUCCCUUGACUUUAAGUUGCCUGAAAAACUAUCAAAGUUACCACCAAAACAAAAAACAGUAACAGAUACACCAGAAAAUAGUUGAAAAAUAUAGAAAUAUAUACAUACAUAUCUUAAAGAGGAAACACACACUAAAAAAAAACGUAGAGUGCUGAAAAUAGACAGAUAGCAAAGAACAAGAUACUACUCGUACUCCAAAAAAAGCAAACAAGAGACAAAAUUGCUCUUCAAAAAUCAAACAAAAAAAGGUAUAUUAUAUUCAUAAUUAUAUACGAAAAUAUACAUACAUUUAAUGUUUGAAAAUACACUACAAGAAGAACUACAUACUAUACAAGAAAUCUAUGUGUUAUAGAAAAUAUGGAUUACAAUUCAACAACAAACAAACAAAACAUUCAAGAAACCAACAAAACAGAUGAAAAAACUAACUUAAAUAAACA